AUGGAGGUCCAACUCUACGUCUAUGACCUUUCACGAGGAAUGGCCCGGCAGUACUCCAAGAUGAUCACCGGGGUCCAAAUCGACGCAAUCUAUCACACGGCAAUUGUCUUGAAUAAUGUCGAGUACUUCUUCGGCCAAGGAAUCCACAGGAAAAUCCCGGGUUCAACACAUCAUGGGCAACCUAUGAAGAUUGUAAACAUGGGUAAGACAGACCUACCCGUGGACGUCAUAGAGGAAUACAUCGAGUCUCUCGAAGAGAUAUACACGGCCGAGUCGUACGACCUAUUCCUGCACAAUUGCAACAACUUUACCCAAGACCUCGCCAUGUUCCUUGUGGGCAAAAGCAUUCCCGACGAGAUCAAGAAUCUGCCCGAAACGUUCUUGAGGACGCCAAUGGGCCAAAUGCUCCGCGGCCAGCUCGAUCAGUCCAUGCGGACGAUGACUCAAGCCCCUGAUGCAGUGUCCGGCGAGAAUGCCACCAGAAGGAGCUCGAUCUCGAAGCCGGCAUCUCAAGGGAUUCGGAACGGGAACAAUGCUCCCUCAAUUGCCAAUGGGGACGACGCGCAAAAAGUCAUCUUCCCUGUCGCGAUCAUCAAUGCCCAACCGCCACCAGACGCGCCAGGUCAUGUCCACAACGUUACGAGUCUCUCGGAACUCGACAAACUUCUGUCGUCUGCCUCUCAGUCCUGCGCAGUCAUCUUCUUCACCUCCGCGACCUGUCCACCGUGCAAAAUUUGCUACCCGACAUACGACGAGUUGGCCACCGAAGCAGGCACUUCUUCCGGCGCAAGGUUGAUCAAAGUAGACAUAUCAGCAUCGCCAUCCGCUCAUGCCGUGGCUCAGGGGUACGGCGUCCGCGCAACACCUACGUUCAUCACUUUCCUCAAGGGACAGAAGCAAGACGAAUGGGCCGGGGCGGAUCCAACUCGGUUGAGGGGAAAUGUCCGCCUGUUGUUACAAAUGGCGAAGCCGCCACAACACCAGCACGCAAAGUUGAGAUUGCCGACUUUCCAGCGGACCAUCGAGAGGCCAACACUCUACACCAGGACGCCGCCCUUGGAGAAGUUGCUCGCCAAGCUUGGCACGUCCUUCUCGCAGGACAAGUCUGUGCAAGCUCUUGUGGAGUUCAUCAAGAGGCGCGAUGCAAAGGGUGCGACCGACGCCGCACUCCCCAAUCUACAUGAUUUCAGCGUCCACGUCAAAUCCAAGUUUGGCGACCUGCCGCCGGGGUCGCACUUUGCGCUCGUUGAUCUCGUGCGCAUCGCUGCCAGCGACUCGCGUGUUGCCAGUUCCCUCGUCACGGAGCAAGAGUGCUCGACGCUCUCGACGCUACUGGGAUCCAUCCAGGACGGCGACUUCACGAACGCGCCGUACAAUAUCCAGUCUGUCAGUCUGCAACUCGCAUGUAACCUGUUCUCCUCGAAUGUCUUCCAGGAACAGAUUUUCCGGUGCCUCGAUCCCGCUGCGUCUUCCCACGCGACCCCGGCUCUGAAGGAGAAGAUUGAAUUGCUUGCGGCGCAGUGUCUUCUCAGCCAGCAUCUGAAUGCUAGAGCCAUGGCUGCGGCGCUGGUGUACAAUCUAGCGAGUUAUAGACACAACGCACGAAUGCAUGCUCAGACGAAUCCAAGCGGCCAGGAAUCUGAGGGUGAGACGGACGUGAGCGAUGACCUUGCAGCCGCUCUGGUUGAGAGCAUCACGUCCUUGCCGUCGCUUCCUCCACCGACAUCCUCAUCCGCGGGGAAUCUGAAAGAUACUCUGCAUGCUCUGCUCCUGGCACUGGGUAUGCUUCUAUACGCUGCCCCGGCGGAGGAUAUGCUCUGGGAUCUGUGCCGGGCUAUGGACCUCAGGGAUACCCUGGCACACCUGGGGAAGAGCGCGAAUCUCAAAGCCGAGCCGUUGGUCAAGGAGGUGGGCGAGGGGUUAUUGGGCAAGGGAGGUUUUUGA